AUGGCCCCCAUAUCCACACCGACUCCUUACGAUUUUCCAAGGUUAAGAGUCUCGGUCCAUCUUGAGGAUGAUACCAAAUACCUCGCUCAAGAUGACCCCGUGCCUGAAUUCUUCGACGUCAAAUUCUGUCCUUAUCAGCCACUGGAUGCGAGCUCUGUUUUUGCUGCAGUUAGCAAAAAGCAUGCUGAGGCUAGAAACUAUUACUGUACAUGGACUCGAGAUGCAGAGACGGGAAGGCCACUGCUAUGCUAUGGCGGCGAGGAUGCCAAGAUCAAAGUCUACGACGUCGUUGAAGGCAAGCUUGUUAACUGUCUAGUUGGUCAUGGAGGAGAUGUUUGUGAUGUGGUUACCUCACCUAUCGAUCCCUUGAUCAUCGCCUCGUGUUCCGACGACACUACGGUUCGGAUAUGGAGUCUGGAUCCCAAGCAUGAGAAACAGCCUUGUCUGUGUAUUCUCGGAGGUGAGGGUCACUACUGGAACUUGCUGACAUUGGCCUGGCAUGACACUGGUCGUUAUAUCCUCUCGGCCGGUCACGAUCAGAUAAUCAACCUGUGGACGGUGCCAGACCUCCCGACUGAGCCUACAAACCGUCCGGUUGAGGUUCAUUACCCUCAUUUCUCUACAUCCGAGGUGCACAGCAGUCUCGUAGAUUGCGUUUCUUUCUUCGGCGAUUACAUCCUAUCCCGAGCCUGUCACGAUGAUGUCAUCGUCCUGUGGAAAAUUGAGGGUUUCUCAUCUCAGGAUCCGCCCCCGCCGCAGUCCAUGGCACCGACCACUAUCAAUCCAGCCAACCUCACCCGAUCUGCCUUUAACCCAGGAGUCUCGGCGGAGUGCCCGGCCCCUUACACCCGCCUGAUCGAGUUCCAGACCCCCGGCUGUGGCCCGCAGUUCUUCAUGCGGUUCAAACUGCACUUUGUCCCUGACCAACAUCCCAUUUUGGCCUUCUGUAACGCCACCGGCAAAAUCUUCUUCUGGGAUUUUGAGCAGAUCACCGGCUUCCACGAAUAUGUCAAUGCCCUUAGGAGACCGAGCAGAGACGGCAAGGAGCCCCCGUCGAAACCCAAUUGGCUCAACGCCAUCACUCACAGGAGCACCGGCAGUGCCAAAUCGGGGCUGACCGUCCGGGAGAGAAAGGCGGCGGACAAGGUUCAUCGCACAGAACUCGAGCAGGUACCUGAGCUGAAAGCUCAAUUCAAUCAGGAAACACUGGACAUGUGGAAUGGCAAAUACAGUGUGAGCAACCCCCAAGCACCUCUCAAGCCCCAUAAGGUAGAGAACUGCGGCGCAUCGACGUUUGUCGGUAGACAGGUAGCGUGGAGUCCGGGAGGUCAGUGGUGCGUCGUCGUGGGCAGCUCCAACUUCGCUCUGGUGCUACAGAGGUGGGCACCAUCUAAGAGGGAGGCUUGA